AUGAUUGCUCGGGUAACUUUUACCGCCAAGAGUCAAAUUGCCAAGAACGACCUCCAAGCGCAGGCCAAGGCUUCGUUGCGAUUCUGGGGUGUAUCCGGGGACAUUGAAGCAUCUGCCAAGAAGAGCAUGGAGGACGUGAACACAAACGCCGACGUGGAGAUUAAGCUCUUCUACCAAGGAGAGCUGGGCCGGUUCAUGCUGCAGUCGGGCUCCCCGUCGAGCAUCAGCGAGGGCACCGCGCAGGCGUCGUUUCUGCAGGCCAAAUCGUGGGCUGACCAGUUUAUCCAAAACGCCUGCCAGCACCGCUACGCGUACCGGCCGCUUCUCGACGAGUACAGAAACAUAGAGGGCUUCCCUGACGACCAGGUCGUGCCCGACUAUUACGUUGCGCAUAGAAUGUCGUACAUGAUUUUGAGUCAGAUUGUUGUCAUUUCCGACAUGAAGGACUAUCUGCUGAGCCGCACCGAUCUUGACAUCAAGCUCAAGUACAGCAUCCAGGUUGACGAAAUAAAAAUGGUGCAGCUGGGCAGGAACUGGGUCAAAUCUACCGUUGAAAAGCCAGAGGAUGCCAUAACAACCGCAGGGGACCUCCUUGAAAAGUUUGACAAGGACUUCCGCGCCAAGUACGAAAUGCUCAUGCCGCAGAAACCGUACAUUGCCGGAGUCAAGGUCGUCUACGGCGGAUACCCAAACACGGACCCGCCGGCGGGCAGGGUCAAGGAAGUCGAGGGCCGUUCUGAAGAUAUUAAUUACGGUCGGGGCGGAGAUUUUGUUUGGCUUGUUCCGAUCCGUACGGAGCACGCCGAGGAUGCUUGCACCUCUUUUGAACUCGUCAUCGACCAAGUCCCCGACGAGUUUGGAAACCUGGUCAAGGGCUCCAAGGACAAGAGCCGGUAUCUGCGGUGCAAGAAGAGUUCGUCGAAAGACAAGAUCCGCCGAUUGGCGCUGUAUCGGCGAAAAGAUGCGCCUGCUCCACGUGUCACCAAGGAUCCUCCGGCUUACAUCAAGAGCUUGUUAGGCCGCUCAUGGGUCGAGACGGUCCAGAGUUUCUGGGCCUUCACGGGCAGGACAUCGAAUAUCAACCAGGGCCGGCAUGGGGCGGAUGAAUUGUAUCUCCUCUGGUCGCCCCGUGAAUAG